CAGGUAGCAAGGUACCGGGCGGGGCUCUGUAGGAAAGUGGGUCUAUGAGGUCGCUCAGAUAUACCGAGCUAGCUGGUUAGCAGAGAGGCCGUUUCUGAUCCAUGGUUCCUCGGAGUUCAAGGUGUCCGGCAGGACUGUCAGAUUUCCCGCUCUGAGCCGGUGACCAAGCCAAUUCCGCUGAUCUAAGUUUGCCUUUUCUGCUUGCAUAAUUUCCCCCCGCCCCUCCGGCAACAUUUGCCCAAUAAGGGGACGCUGAGGGCGGGCCCAGGUGGGCGGGGCUGCUGCGGACAACUGCGGCUAGACUUGGGACAUUCCUGCGGGCCGGGACUUGGCCGGAGGGUCCGGGACAGCGAUCGAGGGGCGGACGGGCGGAGACGGCGUACGUGCCCUGCGUGAAUGCGUGGCGGCGGCGCGUGCGCGAAGCGAGUGGGCGGUGUGGCCAGCUCCACGUGCGUCCUGACCGCGACCCUUGCAGCUUAGAGCCCCGCGGCUCCAUGACCCGAGACACCCCGGCCUCCGCCCCCCGCCCCGAGCGGCUGGUCCGGUUCUCCCGUCCCUCAGUCCACUCAGUCUCGACCGACGGGCACGCAUUGCCAUGGUAACUGUGGGCAACUACUGCGAGGCCGAAGGGCCCGCGGGUCCGGUCUGGGCGAAGGGUGGCCUGAGUCCCUGCUUCUUCUUCACGCUCGUGCCCUCGAUGCUGAUUGCCUUGGGGGCUCUGGCCGUGGUGCUGGUCCUUCCCUGCAAGCGUCGGGAGCGGCCUGGUGGCAUCGAUGCGCUGUCUUGGGGGGCUGGUCCUCGCGUCGCUCCCUACGGGCUGCAGCUGCUUCUGGCCACACUUCAGGUGACGCUGCCCCUAGCCGGCCUGAUUGGCCGGAUGGGCACUGCCCGGGGUGCCCCGCUGCCAGGUUACCUACUGCUGGCUUCUGUACUGGGGACUCUGGCCAGCGCCUGUGGCUUGGGACUGCUUGUCGUGGAACGGAACCAGGCACGGCAGAAGCUAGCAAUGGGCGCCUGGAUCAAGUUCAGUCACAGCCCUUGUCUCCUGCUCCUCUGGACUGUGGCAUUUGCAGCCGAGAACUUGGCCCUGGUGUCUUGGAACAGCCCACAGUGGUGGUGGGCAAGAGCCGACUUGGGCCAGCAGGUUCAGUUUAGCCUGUGGGUGCUGCGGUAUGUGGUCUCUGGAGGGCUUUUUGUCCUGGGGCUCUGGGCCCCUGGACUUCGUCCCCAGUCCUACACGUUGCGGGUCAAUGAAGAUGAUCAAGAUGUAGAGAGGAGCCAGGUUCAGUCAACAGAGGGGCCACCGCAGUCUACCUGGCGAGACCUUGGCAGGAAGCUUCGCCUCCUGAGUGGCUACCUAUGGCCUCGGGGGAGUCCAGCUCUGCAGCUUGUUGUGCUCAUCUGCCUAGGGCUCAUGGGGCUGGACCGGGGACUGAAUGUGUUGGUCCCCAUCUUCUAUAGGGACAUAGUAAACUUACUGACUGAGAAGGCACCUUGGCAUUCCCUGGCCUGGACUGUUACUACCUAUGUCUUUCUCAAGUUCCUCCAGGGAGGUGGCACUGGCAGUACAGGCUUCGUGAGCAACCUGCGCACGUUUCUGUGGAUCAGGGUGCAGCAGUUCACGUCUCGGCGGGUGGAGCUGCGCCUCUUCUCCCACCUGCAUGAGCUCUCACUGCGCUGGCACCUGGGGCGCCGCACGGGGGAGGUGCUGCGGAUCGUGGACCGGGGCACGUCCAGUGUCACCGGGCUGCUCAGCUACCUGGUGUUCAACGUCAUCCCCACGCUUGCUGACCUCGUCAUUGGCAUCAUAUAUUUCAGCAUGUUCUUCAACGCCUGGUUCGGCCUCAUUGUGUUCCUGUGCAUGAGUCUUUACCUCACCCUGACCAUCGUGGUCACCGAGUGGAGAACCAAGUUCCGACGCGCUAUGAAUACACAGGAGAAUGCUACUCGGGCACGAGCCGUGGACUCUUUGCUAAACUUUGAGACGGUGAAGUAUUAUAAUGCAGAGGGUUAUGAAGUGGAACGCUAUCAGGAAGCCAUCAUCAAAUAUCAGGGUUUGGAGUGGAAGUCAAGUGCUUCACUGGUUUUACUAAAUCAGAUCCAGAAUAUGGUGAUUGGACUCGGGCUCCUUGCUGGCUCCCUGCUUUGUGCAUACUUUGUCAGCGAGCAGACGCUCAAGGUUGGGGACUUUGUGCUCUUUGGCACCUACAUCAUCCAGCUGUACAUGCCCCUCAACUGGUUUGGCACCUACUAUAGGAUGAUCCAAACCAACUUUAUCGACAUGGAGAACAUGUUUGACCUGCUGAAAGAAGAGAAAGAAGUGAAGGACCUUCCUGGAGCAGGGCCCCUUCAAUUUCAGAGGGGCCGGAUUGAGUUUGAGAACGUGCACUUCAGCUACACCCAAGGGCGGGAGACCCUGCAGGAUGUGUCCUUCACUGUGAUGCCUGGACAGACCCUGGCCCUGGUGGGCCCAUCUGGAGCAGGGAAGAGCACAGUUUUGCGCCUGCUGUUUCGCUUCUAUGACAUCAGCUCUGGCUGCAUCCGAAUAGAUGGGCAGGACAUUUCACAGGUGACCCAGAUCUCCCUCCGGUCUCACAUUGGAGUUGUGCCCCAGGACACUGUUCUCUUCAAUGACACCAUUGCCAACAAUAUCCGCUAUGGCCGCGUCACAGCUGGCGAUGAAGAGGUGGAGGCUGCCGCUAAGGCUGCAGGCAUCCAUGAUGCCAUUAUGGCUUUCCCCGAAGGGUACGAGACGCAGGUGGGCGAGCGGGGACUGAAGCUGAGCGGUGGGGAGAAGCAGCGUGUUGCCAUCGCCCGCGCCAUUCUCAAGGCCCCCAACAUCAUUCUGCUGGAUGAGGCUACAUCAGCGCUGGAUACAUCCAAUGAGAGGGCCAUCCAGGCUUCUCUGGCCAAAGUUUGUGCCAACCGCACCACCAUUGUAGUGGCACACAGGCUCUCAACUGUGGUCAAUGCUGACCAGAUCCUCGUCAUCAGAGAUGGCUGCAUUGUGGAGAGAGGACGGCACGAGGCUCUGUUGUCCCGAGGUGGGGUGUAUGCUGACAUGUGGCAGCUGCAGCAGCGGGGACAGGAAGAAGUCUCUGAAGACACCAAAUCCCAGACUAAAGCAUGAUGACAAAAGUUGUGGCUGUCUACCUCCCAAAGGGUAACUCAGAGGAGUUUAAGAUGUAUCCUUCUUCCCUGGCAUAUUUCAUCCUUGUUGUGGGGUACGGUGCUAACGGGGAAGGGGACCUUUCAGGAAAGCCCUUUUUAGGGAAAUAAAAGUGUGGACUAUGCUAGGAUCA